AUGUCUGGCUUUCAGGACAGCCUAGUCUUCCAGGUACCACCUCUGCCAAACCCACUGCCCUGGGCCGUGUAUAUGCCGCAGAUGCCCAGACAAGGGAGCCCAGCCAGCAUGCUGACCGAAAUGGCGGCUGACGACCAGGGUGGCUUUGACGGCUACGGCGGUAACCAACAGCAGCCGCAACAGCAAAUCAAGUGCAUGGUGUGCGGGGACAAGGCAAGCGGCAAGCACUACGGCCAGUUCACGUGCGAGGGCUGCAAGAGCUUCUUCAAGCGCAGCAUGGCGAAGAACCUGAGCUUCAGAUGCCGAGCCAACCGAGACUGUCGCGUCAAUCAGCACCGUCGCAAACAGUGCCAGUACUGCCGCUUCAGAAAGUGCCUCGACGUCGGUAUGAAACCAGAAGCAGUGCAAAGCAACAGGAGACCGCCCACCCAGCCAGCCCACGGGCCAUCUGCGCUGACCACCCGGCAACCCUCCGACUGCUAUCCGAACCUGUCUGGGUAUGUUUCUCUGCUCCUCAGCGCGGAGCCCAACCCCUUGCCUUGGUCAAGCUGCCAGUUCACACCGCCCAACACCAUCCUCAGCCUCGAGGACAUUUGCGAACAGGCUGCGCGGAUGCUCUUCGGCGCCGUGGAAUGGGCCCGGAACAUACCCUUCUUCCCGGCCCUGCCAAUCAGCGACCAGGUGGCCAUGCUUCGCCUUACCUGGAGCGAGCUGUUCAUGCUGAACUGGGCGCGGUGCUCCAUGCCACUCCACGUGGUCUCGUUCCUGGCCUCGACCUGCUUACACAACACGCCCAUGUCUUCGGACCAAGUUGCUGUCUUUACGGACAACGCCCGGAUCUUCCAAGAGCAAACCGAGAAGCUCAAAGCUCUGCAAGUCGACCCCACCGAGUACAGCUGCCUCAAGGCCAUCGUCCUGUUCUCUUCAGACGCCAGCGGUCUCUCCGACGCGGCGCAAGUGGAAAGCUUGCAGGAGAAGUCCCAGUGCGCCCUGGAGCAAUACGUUAGGAACCAGUACAACGACCAACCAACGCGAUUCGGAAAGCUUUUGCUUCGCCUCCCUUCCUUCCGCACCGUGUCCUCCGCAGUCAUAGAGCAGUUAUUUUUCAUCCACCUGGUAGGUAAAACCUCCAUCAAAACCCUCAUCCGGGGUAUGUUACUGUCAGGUAACAGUUACAGCAGUAAUAACUAG